AAGAUAGUUCACCAAAGCAUUGGAGAUCUAAAAAAAAUCAUUUUGGUAAAUCUAGAAGACUGCAAGUGUCUAAGGGUUCUUCCUAGAAGCAUCUACAAGUUGAAAUCAGUAAAAACUCUCAUUCUUUCUGGUUGUUCGUUGGUUGACCAUUUAGAAGAAGAUAUUGAGCAGAUGGAAUCCAUGACAGUACUAAAGGCAGAUAAUACUGCCAUAACAGUAGUACCCAAGUCAUUAGUAAGAUUGGAAGCGCUUAAACAUGGAUAUGUAUCUUUCCCAGGCCUUAAAGGAAGAGCACAAGAUGUAUUUCCUUCUCUCAUAUGGUCUUGGAUGUCACCCACUGAUAUUCCCCAGUCCAGCAGUGAAGCAUUUUUGCUGAGGAUGUCAUCUCUAGUUUUUUCUGUUGUACAGAAUGGCGGCUUUCAUGGCCUAUCUCCAUUUCUAGGCGAUCUUGCCAAGCUUCGAGGUAUGUGGGAGGAAUGCCGAUCACAGUCUCAAUCCAAUGGAGAAUUGACGAGACUUUUGGAUGCCUUGUAUGGGACAAACUUCGUGGAAUUGGAAUCCACGCCAAGCACAUCACAGUUCUCAUACGUGGGAGCUUCUGCAUCAUCUGUCGGUCAUGAUCAAGUUAACAAUGCAAGACCAACGGAUUCC